AUGACCGACCAGGCAUCCCCUACUGCCAAGGCGCCUGCGACGGCUAGCAAAUCCCCGUCCACAUCCCCCAAGGGAUCGGACGCGGGAUCGCCCAAGGAGGGCUCCCCCAGGGCCGCCGCAACGAUUGCGGGAAUCCUUCCCGCCCAACACUGGGUCGAUACGGCAGAGGAGCAAGAGGUGGACAGCACCGACGCCGAGUCAAUCGGGAGCAUCGGCACCUCAACCGAAUCUCUCACCGCCAGCAUCCUCGAGUACCGCAAGAUUCACGGCAGGACGUAUCACAGCGAGAUCGGAAAUGCAAGCUACUGCGACUUCGCCGAUGACCAUCCUAAUAUUCAAGUUAUCGGAACCGAUAUUUCUCCUAUUCAGCCUGCCUGGGCCCCGCCAAACUUGAAGUUUGAAAUCGAGGAUUGCACUCGUCCUUGGACAUACGAGCCCGAGUCCUUCGACUACAUCCACAUGCGGUGGCUACUAGGUAGUAUCGGCAACUGGGAGGCCGCCUUUACCGAAGCUUAUAAAGCUCUGAAGCCCGGAGGUUGGUUAGAGAGCUUCGAGGCCUCCAAUAUCUGCGAAAGCGAUGACGACACUGUUGCCGAGACUUCCGCGCUGGGCCAAUGGGGCAAGAUCUUUCUCAAUUUCGGCGAGAGCAUCGGGAGGCCCUUUUCCAUUGUGCCUGACGAGACUCAGAAGAAGGCGAUGCAGGUAGCAGGCUUUGUCGAUAUCGAUGAGGCUAACUAUAAGACUCCCGUUGGAACCUGGCCCAAGGACCCGGCUCUCAAAGAGAUUGGUCAAUACGCACAGCUAGUCCUCGAGAAUGACACGGAAGGCUACAUCCUGUAUCCCGCGACCGCCAUUGGCUGGACGCCCCAAGAAGUUUCCGUUUUUGCAGCCCACGUCCGGAAGGCGAUCCGAUCGCCACAGAUCCAUUCGUAUUACCGCCAGAAGGUCGUCUGGGGACGUAAACCUGGAGGAGCAUAA